GUUUGUAUUCCCCGAUCCCCCCUUUUUCCAUGUUUUCCGCUGCGUUUUGUGCUGUGUUCGUGCGUUCGGUUCGGUUGUGCGGCGUGCGGCGUUUUAGUAGAACAUUCUCAAUUCUCACCGGUGCUGGAGUGAAUAGGUGUUUAGUAGUUUUCUUUUUUGCUGUUGUCGAAUUUAAUCAAAAAUGCCAAGUUACAAACUUACUUACUUUAACUUCACCGGAAGAGCAGAACCAGUCAGAGUACUCUUACGUUAUGGUGGAAUUCCUUUUGAAGAUGUUCGCGUUGAGCAUGCUGAUUGGCCAAGCGUAAAACCAACCACACCAUAUGGACAAGUACCAGUUUUGGAAGUCGAUGGAAAGAAAUUCACACAAGGAAUACCCUUGGCAAGAUACGUAGCCAAUAUUGUUGGCUUAGUAGGAAAAUCCAACGAAGAAAAUUUGGAAAUAGAAAUUGCAGUUAAUAUUUUAUCAGAGAUUCUAAAAACUGCCUAUGAAUCCCAUUUCGACCCUGAUGAAGAACAAAAGAAAAAACACUUGAAAACCUUGCAUGAGUUGCUUGCUAAAUAUUUACCAGUUCUUGAUGAAGCUGCUAAAAAGAAUGGAGGCCACAUUGGCGCUAACAAGCUUAAUUGGGGAGAUGUCUACUUUGUAACGGCUUAUGAAGAUAUAAGAAACAUCCUGGGAAAUAAAGACAUCGUGGAAAACUACUCCGGGUUACAGAACGUGAAGAAGAACGUACUCUCAGACAAAAAUAUUAAAGAAUAUAUCCAGAGUCGACCAAAAAUACCAAUCUUUGUAUACGAUCUGAGAAGCGAAGCGUAAUUUUUUUAAGGAAAUGCAGAAUGAAAUAUAUAUUUUUGUCACACACAUAAAACAUAUACGUAUUCUCUUAAGUGUAUUGCUUUCACUAAACUAUAUGUAAAAGUACCAGAUUUGUAUUACUAUUUUAUUUUUUACUUGAAAUAAAAAAACUUCUUUUCCAUGUUUCACAA